CGACUCACGGAUGCCGAAGUCGUUCCUCGAAAGUUAUUAUUUAUAGCGACGACGACGAUGGAUUUUUAACGGCGAACGAUCGCUCGGCGAAUCCUUAUUGACAGCUCGUUCGACUCUUUGUCCCUUUGUUAACCUGCAACUCGAGAUCGUUCAAAAUUAUUUAUCGCGUUGAAUAACCCUUUGCUUCGGAUCUUUUUGUACGCCGAAACGAUCCUGCUAAAUUACAAUCCUAAAUCCUGAAUAAAAAAAAGCAUAUUAAUGAACGGAUUAAAUGCCUGAGAUUUCCAAUGAAUUAAAAAAGUUAUCGGAGGAAAGUCUGACAAGACAGCCGGAAGAAGUGUUUGAUAUUAUAUGCAAACUAGGAGAAGGAUCUUAUGGAUCAGUUUACAAAGCUUUGCACAAGGAGAGCGGACAGGUGCUUGCAAUUAAACAAGUGCCUGUUGAUACCGACUUGCAGGAGAUUAUUAAGGAAAUCUCAAUUAUGCAACAAUGUGACUCUCCAUAUGUUGUUAAAUAUUAUGGAAGUUAUUUUAAGAAUACAGAUUUAUGGAUUGUAAUGGAAUAUUGUGGAGCUGGUUCCGUUAGUGAUAUCAUGAGGUUAAGGAAAAAGACCCUUCAAGAGGAUGAAAUUGCAACAAUUCUGAGCGAUACUCUGAAAGGAUUGGAAUAUCUUCACUUGAGAAGGAAAAUUCACAGGGACAUUAAAGCUGGAAAUAUUCUUCUUAAUAACGAAGGCCAUGCAAAAUUGGCUGAUUUUGGUGUAGCAGGUCAAUUAACAGAUACUAUGGCUAAACGUAACACAGUUAUUGGUACACCAUUUUGGAUGGCACCAGAAGUGAUACAGGAGAUUGGUUACGAUUGCGUGGCUGAUAUAUGGUCUCUAGGAAUAACAGCCUUGGAGAUGGCAGAGGGCAAACCACCAUAUGGCGAUAUACAUCCAAUGAGAGCAAUAUUUAUGAUUCCGACUAAGCCACCACCUAGUUUUAGAGAACCUGAUCAAUGGAGUCCAGAAUUUAUCGAUUUUGUCAGUGGGUGCCUUGUAAAAAAUCCGGAAGAAAGAGCCACCGCGACCGAACUUCUGCACCACGAAUUUAUAGGUAAUGCUAAGCAACCAAGUAUUUUGAGUCAAAUGAUUGCCGAGGCCCAUGAAAUACGAGAGAAGCAAAGCGCGCAUAAAGCUCAUGUCAUAAACAAUGUAGCGAUUAAAAGUCAGAACCAGACGGAAGAUUCGGAUGAGGAUGACUGCAGUGGAACUAUGAAACCAUUACCAGAAGAUAGUAGGACUUUAGUGCCUAGCCAUGAUCUUCCAGAUACGGGUACUUUAGUUUCGGCAAUGUUGGACUUGGGUACAAUGGUUAUCAAUAGCGAUACAGAUACCGAAGCUACCAUGAAGAGACAUAAUACUGGUUCUGUGGAAUCUGGCAAGAAAUAUCGACCGUUAUUUUUAGAUCAUUUUGAUAAGAAAGAAGCACCUGAAAUUGUAAAGGGUAAUGGACAAAUGUUGGCAGCACAAAAUACAGAGAAUGCAAACAGAGUGGAGCUUCAGAAUCCAAGUGAAUCUCAAAGGUUUCAAAGUCAUCUACAACUACAGUUACAGAAUCAGAUAUCUCAUCCUGUGCUAGAACAGCCUCAUAACAACAUAUCAAAGUACCAAAACGUCUUUACAGAACGUGAUUUCGAAUUUAGAAACAACCAUAUCCUGCAGAUGAAGUUUCUCUCCUAUGAGGAAUUGCAGCAACGUAUGGCUAGUUUGGAUGCGGAAAUGGAACGAGAAAUUGACGAGCUAAGAAAAAGGUACCAGACGAAGAGACAGCCUAUUCUCGAUGCUAUGGACACUAAACGAAAACGUCAACAGAACUUCUAACAGGGUUCGUUUCUUCUCCACGUGAAUAAGUGAUGACAAAGGGAUAGACAAAGGGUGUACAAUUGUAAAAAAUGGAUAGAUUUUAUUCGCAUCAUCCCUGGUUUCAUUAAAGAGAAGAAUGUUGUUUUCACACUCCAUUUUACCUCAUAAACAAAAUAGAUGUCGUUGAAUGGUUACUCGCAAAUUACAAUGUUGCCUCUCUUUGUGAACCUGGGAUAUUAUAGCUAGUAAUAACUAAUAGCCUCACGUCAUCAAUGUAAAUUAUUUUACGUGAUUUAGGUGAAAAAACAAUCACUAUACUUAAUUUUUGUAUUAUGUUUAUAUCUAUACUGUUAAAUAUAUCCUAUUCUUAUAGAAAUAUUAUAAGACCCUUAUAGGGUCGUUAGAAAAUAAAAAGGAAUGCAAUAGGACAAGAUAAAACGAACGCAUCAUGAUUAUAAUCAUUUUUAUAUAAUUAAAAAGGAAAUUUUAUAUUAAUUGUAUAUGUGAAAAUCGAUAUUGUAUUAUUACAUGCUACACUAGUCAUCCGCAAUGCCAUUUUACUCAGAAUAUUGCGUUAAAGAGAUCAUUCGUACGAAAUGCAUUCACAAAACGCCCAAGCAUUUGAACGAUUUUGAAUGUGAACGUCCUUUAUCUAAUCAUGACAUAAUUUGAAAUAAGUAAACAAGGCUGUAAGAUUUAAUUUACUUUUUAUUCUACUGCCAUAGAUAGGCUCUCUCUCUUCUUACAUUUGGUUAUCAAUUCUAAUUUAUAUCAAUCUUCUAAAAAUUAUCAGCUUAUUUUUCAAGUUGUAAACACCAUAUAUAACAUGAUCACAUGAUUCUAAAAUAACAAAUAGUGUUCUUCGAUAUGCAGUGCCGUGGUGAAAAUAAUACUGUAUUAUAAUGAAAUAUUUCAUAAAAGAACUUACUAGUAUUAGUCUUCCGUAUUAGAAAGUAUUCCCAAUAUGCUGUAAUUUACUUUAUUGUAAUAUGGAAAUUGUUGAAACUGAAA